AUGAAUAAUCCACAAAACCAAGUAAUUAGAGGGCAACCUCAAAAUGCUGCUAUUCAGUUAAACCCUCCGGAUGUUAGCUCUUUUACUGAGGCAUAUGAUACUUUAACAAAGGGCACCAACCCAUUUAUAAAACAAGAGGCAUCAAUAAACCAGGAAACUCUUCAUUUAAAAGAUAUUAUUAUUUCGGGAACUAAAUAA